AUGCAAAUGGAGCGUCUCCAGGUGUGGGGAUUCUUCGGCCUCAUCGUCCUCGCCGGCGCCCAGAGCACCACACACAGCCCCGACCCCCAGCCCUCCUACCUGCUGCUGGCCCCCAGAGUCCUCCGCCCCGGAGUCCCAACAUCAGUGUCCGUCACCAUCCUGACCACCUCCUCCGUCAAUGUGUCAGCCCACAUCGCUCACGGCAACCAGACUGUGGCCUCAGACUUCGCUACUGUCCAAGGAGGUUCAACCAAGCUGCUGACUUUACCAGCUAUCGGCGAGAGCGAGUCCAGCUACUGGCAGCCGUACCGCCUGGAGGUUAAAGGUCAAAUGGGCAGGACCGAGGUGUUCUCCAACUCAACGCAGCUGCACUUUGACCCCAAAGGCCUGUCCACCUUCAUCCAGACAGACAAACUGAACUACAUGCCGGGGCAGGCGGUGAAGAUCAGAGCUGUGUCCAUUCACCCCGACGGGAAACCCUACGUCAGCCCGGUGGACAUCAUCAUCAGAGAUCCGAGGGGGAACAUGAUCAGACAGUGGCUGUCUCUGGACAGCGUCCUCGGGGUCGUGUCCCAAGAGUACCAACUGUCUGAAAACCCGCCUCUGGGGGAAUGGACCAUUAUUACUACAGUCGCUAGUUUUUCAAGCGAGAAGCAUUUCAAUGUGGCUCAUUAUGUUCUGCCAAAGUUUGAAGUUGUGAUUAAUGCUCCAGAUGUCAUUUAUAAAGAGGACACUCUGUUGGGCUCCGUCACAGCAAAGUACAUGUACGGAAAGCCUGUUCAGGGACACAUGAAUAUAACGUUCCUCCACAACUUUCAUGGUAUUGAAAAGGCUUAUGAUGAAGAUAGAGAGAUCGACGGCAGCACAGACUUCAUGUUUGACAUUCCCAUCUACUACUACCCCAUGAGCAAACGAGCUUUCGAGAUGUUCUCCUAUGACGGCUACAUGGACGAUCAGUAUCUAAUAAUCAAUGUUAAUGUGACUGAGCAUCUCACAGUUGUGCGUCCAGAGGAGACGCUGCCCAAAGAAAUGGAAUUUCCUGUCCCUGCAGAUGGAGUCAUACCUCUCAACAUUCAGCUCAUGAAUGAAAUGGAAACACUCACAAUUGACGCAUAUUUUGAGGACAGUCAUAACACUCUACAACUCUAUCGAAGCUACACAUCCCCCAGUGACUCCUAUCUGCAGAUCCAGAAACCCUCCGGGCCUUUAUUGGUUGGUUCACCCCUCCUGCUGCACAUUGACAGGAAUUUUAAAAUGACUGAGAUUCACUACAUAGUGAAGUCCAGAGGGCAGGUAGUUUCUGCUGGAAAAAGCUCUGGUGUUGUAACUCUGGUCCCAGAAAUCACCUGGGCUCCUCUGGCCCGCAUCAUUGUCUACUGUGUGCGUCCCAACGGAGAGAUCGUCAAUGACGUCAUGCAGAUACCCAUCACCCAAACUUUGAAAAACCAGGUGUCUCUGAGCUGGAGCGACACUACGCGGCGGCCAGCUGACGAGGUCACACUGAGGGUCGCGGUGUCAGAGCCCGCCUCUCUGGUCGGCAUCCUGGUGGUCGACAAGGCGACCAAGUGGAAGGGAUCACACAAUGACAUAACCAAGGAGACGGUGGUGAAAGAGAUGAUGGAGUAUGGCGUUUCCACGGCCGACGCCUACUCUGACAUGAUGACAAUGGGAGAUCCGUGCUCCGUCUUUGAGACAUGCGACCUUGUGGUGUUGACUGACGCCAGUUUACACAUCAUGAGGCCUAAAUUUCCAAGGGAGGGAAUGCAUCAAUUGUUCCAGACAGACAGUUCCCAAAUGGAGCCACGAGAGCGCUGGAACUUUCCAGAGACCUGGAUAUGGAUGGACACCAACACAAGUAAUUCAAAGUUAUUAGAGAUACCUGUGACUGUACCAGACAGCAUCACAACCUGGACAGCCACCGCCUUCGUCAUAUCUGAGAACCUGGGCCUGGGCGUCGUAGAGAUGCCGGCAGAGCUCACAGUGUUCCAGGAUUUCUUUCUGUCCUUGAACCUGCCGGCCUUCAUCAUCCGAGGAGAGGAGCUGCUGCUGGAGAUCCUUCUGUUCAACUACCUCCCUCAGGACCUGGAGGUCACGGUGAUUGUUGCCGAGAGCGACACCUUUGAGUUUGUGGUCCCGGACGUUGAGGGGCUGUCCAUGGCCAGUGUUCGCCACGUGUCUGUGGGGAAUCAGAGCGGAGCGUCUGUCCUCGUUCCCAUCAAGCCGCUAGUCCUCGGGGAGAUCCCCGUCUCGGUGAAAGCCCAAUCGGCCGCGGCGUCCGACUUGGUCCGCAGGACGGUGCUCGUCAAGGCCGAAGGACUCGAGCAGUCGUUCUCCGCCUCGCUGCUGUUUGAGCAUCCAUCGGGGUUUUCCAGUCAAAACGUCACGUUCACCUUCCCAGCAGAUGUCGUGGAGGGCAGCGAGAGAGCUUCGGUGACGGUUGUCGGUGACAUCCUGGGCCCGUCCAUCAGCGGCCUGGGCUCUCUGAUCCAGAUGCCCUACGGCUGCGGGGAGCAGAACAUGAUCAACUUUGCACCAAACAUCUACGUUCUGCAGUAUCUGAGCGCUGUGGGACAGGCGGACACAGAAACAAAAGAAAGAGCCACAGGCUACAUGAUGAACGGUUAUGAGCGAGAGCUGUCCUUUCAGAGAGCAGACGGCUCCUUCAGUGCCUUCGGAGACCAGGACUCAUCUGGAAGCACCUGGCUUUCUGCGUUCGUGCUGAGGUGUUUCCUGCAGGCGCGGCCGUUCAUCAGCAUCGACGACCAAGUGCUGCAGGGAGCGGCGGCCUGGUUAGGAGACCGGCAGGAGGCUGACGGGAGAUACGUGGAGCCUGGUCGCGUCAUCCACACCGAGCUUCAGGGAGGCCUGGACGGCCCCGUCUCCCUCACAGCCUACGUCCUCAUCGCCCUGCUGGAAGACAGCAACAUCAGGGUUAAGUACAGCAGCCAGGUGUCUGCAGCCCUGAUGUUCCUGGAGACACGUCUGGCUCUUGGGGUGUCCAGUAACUACAGCCUCAGCCUGCUCACCUACGCUCUGGCUCUGUCCGGCAGCUCCAACGUCGACGCCGCACUCAGCCAGCUGAUUGGACGAGCUGAGAUGAGAGAUGGCGUGCCGAUGUGGUCUUCCCCAGACGGCAGCCUGUCGUCGUCGUGGCAGCCGCGCUCCGCAGACAUUGAGAUGGUGUCGUACCUGCUGCUCGCCCAACACAAACUGGGCCACGUCACGCAGGCUCUCAGCCUCAUGAAGUGGCUCAGCCAACAGCGGAACCCCAACGGAGGAUUCGGGAGCACUCAGGACACGGUCGUGGCUCUGCAGGCCUUGUCCACGUUUGCAGCUCGCGGCGGCUCUCAUGACUUUAACCUCUCCGUCAGAGUGAACACCGACCCUUUGACCACUGUCGCCUCCUUCCACAUCGUCCAGGACAACUACCUGCUGCACCAGAGCCAACGGAUUGAACCAGAGGAGGAGCUGAACCUGAUGGUGUCUGCAGAAGGUCGUGGACUCGCCCUGUUUCAGCUGAACGUGUUUUACAACAUCAGGAACGAGGGGCUGGCGAGGAGGCGGCGAGACGCCGGCGAGCACGAGGCUUUUGAUCUGGACGUUGAGCUGUUUGACACGGAGAUGGUCUCGCAUCUGUACAUCUGCAGCCGUCUGUCAGAGGAUGUGGGUCUGGCGGCGACGGGCAUGGCCAUCAUGGAGGUGGGUCUGCUGAGCGGCUUCAGCCUGCUGCAGGACGGCGUCCCCAUCGACCACGUCAUCAAGAAAGUGGAGACGGUGCCGGGGAAAGUCAUCCUGUACCUGGACUCUGUGACGACGGAGGAGAUGUGUGUGCGGAUUCCGCUGGUCGUGGAGUUUAAAGUCGCCAAAGUCCAGUGGGCCAGUGUUGUCAUCUAUGAUUAUUAUGAACCAAGACGGAGGACGGUGAGGACGUACACGUCGGACUGGAGGAGCGAGAUGUCCUCCUGCUCCUUCUGUGGCGGCGACUGUAGUCAGUGCGGACACGACGACUAUUAUGACACAAGCGUGAUGUCACACGGCAGCCAGAACGUCCCAAUGCGGGGGUUAACCCCGGCUCUGCUCCUCCUCCUCCUCCUCCUCCUCACCAUCAUGUAAAUAAGUCCAACAGAUGUUCAGCGUUUGCAGAUGUAUAAUGUUUACAUACAUUGUGUGACAUGUUUUUUUCAAUGCAUUUGUUUUAGACGUAUAUCAUUGUGUUAUAACUUGAAUGAUUCACUGUGCAUUUGAACACAGCCGCUAAAUACUGCUGAGCUCAAUGUUUUUGUCUCAUGGGAACAUUUAUUAUUGGUACACACAUGCAUAUCCGGGUAGAUUCUCCUACACGAAUACUCUUUUAUCAUAUGUGACCUUCUGGUUUCACUGUUUACUCUGCCUGCCACCUUGCAUUCAUUAAAAUAUGAUUUAUGUUUGUAAGUGCACAACGAUAUAUUAAGAGAUUUAUAAAAGUUAUUGGACACUUUAAGUUAAUACAGUGUAGAUUUCUGCCACAGAUUAAAUGGGACUGUUAAAUUUG